GACGUAUAAUAUUCGCUCAUACUAUAUUAAUUCUGAUACCUGUUUAUACAACGCAAAGCUAAACGUUUGUUUCCACAUUAUCAAAAAUAAAAACGCGUGGCUAAUUUUGAAAAUUUUAUCUGUAAUCAUAACUUAUUGAGACACGAACCGGGGAACAUUGAAUGAAUACAAUGAAAAUUCGCACCAUUCCUCAUAUUUUGUUGUUUAUUUGGACUUUUACAUAUACAGAAGCCUUUUUUCCUAACCCUUACGGACUACAUGUUGGUAGAGAUGAUUUUACACACGCAGAAAUAACAGAAAUUGGAAUUCUGAAAGCAGUAGCAGCCUUUUAUGAAGAAACACCACUUACUCCCGGAGGAUCAACACCUAGCUCCGGUUCUCUGACGGGAAUCCAAGAUAUUACUGCUAAGAAGCUAUACGAUAAGGUGUUUACAGGUUCAAGAUCACCUAGGCGCUUACAGGAUGCAAUUGACAACAUUGUCAGAUACAAUAAUAAAGUUGACCAGGACCAUUUCAACGAGGCAGCGUGGCAUUUCAAUGGUGAACAGAUUGAACCAAGUAACUUAAAGCUCCAAGGUUUACGCUCACAACUACUAUUGGAAUUAAAUAAACCGAAUCCUGAUUAUGAAUUGUCACGACAACUUAUUGGCCAAUUUUUACAUAUUUUACAAAUGUUUUAUUCAAAUACCAACUGGAUCGAAGACAACGGCGCAAACAAAUAUCCCGCUGUCGGUAUGACAGGAGUAAGACUAUUACCAACUGCAGCACCCAGCGACGACGCUUGUAAAAGUUGUGUAGGAGUUUGUGUAUUCAAUAUAAUAUUGCCGAAAAAACAGUUUUUGACAAGCGGAUAUAAAUCAGGACAAGACAUUAAAAAGCCAUUCAAAGACCCAAAAACAAACACAAAGGGCAAAUGUAGCCAUGGAGGACCAACUGACAACACCACAACUACAAGCGCAGCAACGGGCGGAAUGAAUAAAGACUCAAAACUCCCUGAGAUGUCUCCGCAUUUUUAUAAACAUACGCCUGCAGCUGAAACAGCUAUUGACCAUACUGUGUAUUUCUUCAAUGACAAUACAAAUGGAAUACGACAUUUGACUACUCCAGAAAAAUUCAUGAAACUGCUCCAAUUAGACUCUGAUUACUCCUUAGUUUUUGUAAUCGACACGAGUGGAUCAAUGGCUUCUGAUUUACCGACGAUCAAACAACAGUCAAAUAUUAUUAUACAGGCUGCCAAUACAGUUUCCAAUUCACCAUCUAAUUAUAUACUUGUUACGUUCAGUGAUCCAGUGACAUCAAUAAAUUUACAAAAGACUACACACUCAGCAGAUAUUACAAACUGGAUAAAUUAUUUAAAAGCUCAGGGCGGCAGUGGUGACGAUUGUCCGGAAUUUUCGUUAUCUGCGAUUGAGUCAGCUGCUAAUGCAUCUUCUCCUGGAUCUAUUAUAUACGUAUUCACUGAUGCUACACCAAAAGAUCCUUAUAAACAAGAGAAGAUCGAUAGUCUUAUAGCAGAAAAACAACUACAAAUAUUCUUUACUGUCACGGGUACAUGUUCAACAACGAAUCACAACGGUUUGAAGUAUAGUGACAACUCUAAGCCAGCAAUAGGUCGAAAGAAAAGAGAUGCUCUGGACAACUUUUAUAAUGAGGACAACGAAGAUGCAGAUAACGAUAAGCAGUCUAGUAUUGUCCUAAUUGUAAAAGAAAAACUAAGUGUAUUAGAGCCACCUAGAAUUCAGAUUCCAGUUGACAAUACCAUUGAAGAAAUUCACAUCGACAUAAAAGGCGAUACUGCAAUGCCCCAUCCUGUGUUUCAAAAGCCUAACAAGGAAUACGUUAAUAUGGAUGGACAAGAUGCAUCAAAGACUAUAUUAACAGAAAAUAUGAUAUCAAUUACUAUUCAGGAUCCUGAACCAGGAAUAUGGAACUUACUACGAUCUGAUUAUACAAACUGGGACAUUGAAGUAACAGGACUGAGCAACCUAGAUUUCGAAUACAAAAUAUCCAAGGAUGACAUUGAAAAUAAGUUUUUCAUAGAAAUUACAACGGAUUAUAGAGACAAAUCUAUGGUGAUGUAUAGCUUAAUCAUUGGUAAUCCAAAUGGAGAUGUACAGACAAUUGAUCUAAACCGAACAUCCGAAAAUGUAUAUAGUUGCAAUGUAAUGGAAUACAAUAAGGAUUUCGUUCUUGCAAUCGAAGGACUAGACGAGAAAGGCUAUGUGUUUCAGAGAUUUCAUCAUUCAUAUUCAGAUGUUAGUGUCGCGACUGUUGCAUCACACACAGGACACUAUCGACAUCGCCGUGCAACCCCCUGGGAUCUAAUGGAUGUGUAUCGUCAUUUAGCCUCAGUAUCCGGUGGUCAUAUGUUACAGACUACCAAGGAUCAAAUACCCUAUGUAGCGAAUAUGUUUAAGGCAUCACUAUCAAAGUCUGAAGUUUUAAUCCUCAAGAACGUAUUUCCAGGAGGGCCAUCAACAACAAAGCAAAUAAAUAUUGAUAUUGAUGACAGUAUCUCUCAGUUUACACUUAAAAUACACAGCAAAAAAGAUGUUCCGCACUUCAACCUUUUAAAUUCAAAUGGGAAUACACAGCCUAUUGAUAACAAGACAAUUCACAUGUACAAUAUUGGUACAACAUAUAUAAGUAUCGUUGUGGAUACUCCUAAAACAGGUAGUUGGUCGUUACGUAAAAAUGAUAUGAAUGAGUGGGAUGUAGAGGUUACAGCUCAAAGCACAGUUGAUUUUACCGCAAAGCUAAUGACAUAUGAUGCAGCAAGUUUUUCCUACUAUCAAAUUCAUGGAAGACCCAUUCCAGAUGAAAAUGUAACCUUAGCGAUUGAAAUUAACGACAAAAGCAUAGACUUAAAUCGUGUUUCGCUAUUGGAUGUAUUUGAUGAUGAAAUAUCACAUUAUUCGUUGCAAUUGAGAAAUAAAACCAACCCUCGAGCGUUCUAUAUGACUACUAUUAUGAUUCCACAUGAGUUUUUCAAAUUGGCAGUUGUUGGGACAACUAAGUCUACUGGUAACAAUUUUGUACGGAUACAUCGGAAUUGUAUAGAAAUAGUUAACAUAAAACUAGACCAUUUACCUGAAAAAGAUCCAUUGUACCUUAAUGAGGAUCUGAAUGUGACAUUUGUCAUAAAAAAUGCUGGAAGUCAGGAUGAAGAUGUUAUAGUCACAAUAAAAGACGACAAAACAUUUGCUGUCGGAAUUAAAUCUAGAACAUUUCAUCUGAAGGCAUGGACAAACCAAACGAGUUAUUUUACAAUACACGGAGGCAAAACAAAAGGAGAAACCACAACAAUCACACUAACUGCUAAACCAGCCGCUUCAACAAGAUCUAACAGCAAGUUUCAACAAGUCAUAACGUCUCUGACAGUCGAAGAAAGGAAGGUCGACAAAAUUCCACCUGUGUGUAACGUAACGACCACUUCUAUUUCUUGCAACGAUCCUUGUAAAUGUAGUAAAAUGAAUGCAUUUGUUAUUGCUGAGUUAUGGGAUGAAGGUGAAGGGUUAUCAGAAGUAACAGCACCAAACACUCCUCCUAAUUCGCUGCAAGUACAUGGUUUUUCGAAAGGACUUGUCAAAUCCAAAGGAACAGUUACAGCAACAUUAAUCAUUGACUGCUGUCGAAAAAACGUGACCAUUGAUGUUAAAGAUUUGAAAAAUCUUACAAGUUCAUGUGACAUACCAAUAGAUCCAACAUAUGACGCAACUAAUCCUUGUACAACUACAACUACCACUACAACAACACCUGCCUCAUCAUCAACAAUUUCUACAUCAACAUCAAUGAUCACCAAGAAAGUUGACAUCAUUCCACCUGUUUGUAAUGUGACGACCACUUCUAUUUCUUGUAACGAUCCUUGUAAAUGUAGCAAUAUAAAUGCGGUUGUCAUAGCAGAGGUAUGGGAUGAAGGCGAUGGGUUAUCAGAAAUAACAGCACCAAGUGCUCCUCUAAAUUCAUUGCAAGUGCAUGGUUUUUCAAAAGGACUCGUCAAAGCCAAAGGAACAGUUGCAGCAACACUUAUCAUUGACUGCUGUCGACAAAACGUGACCAUUGAUGUUAAAGAUUUGAAAAAUCUUACUAGUUCAUGUGACAUAAUAAUAGAUCCAACAUAUGACGCAACUAAUCCUUGUACAACUACAACUACCACAACUACUACCACAACAACACCUGCCACAUCAUCAACAUCAACAGUCACCAAGAAAGUUGACAUAAUUCCACCUGUAUGCAAUGUGACGACCUCUUCUAUUGUUUGUAACGAUCAUUGUAAAUGUAGCAGCAUGAAUGCCUUUGUAAUAGCUGAGUUAUGGGAUGAAGGAGACGGGUUAUCAGAAAUAACAGCAACAAAUUCUCCAUCUAAUUCACUGCAAGUGCAUGGUUUUUCGAAAGGACUGGUCAAAGUCAAAGGAACAGUUACAGCCACACUAAUCAUUGACUGCUGUCGAAAAAAUGUGACGAUUGAUGUAAAGGACUUGAAAAAUCUUACAAGUUCAUGUGACAUAACAAUCGAUCCUACCUAUGACGCAGCUAAUCCUUGUACAACUUCAACCACAAUAACCACAACAACAACAACACCUGCAUCAUCACCUGCCUCAACAUCAACAAUUUCUACAUCAACAGUCACCAAGGCAAGAUUUAAAGAAAUGCAAACUCAUCAGUCGAGUUCUCAAAGAAUAUUAUCCUUACAUAACAAUUUUUGCUCAUUCAUGCGAAAAAUCUUUGUUAAUAUGGAGAAAGUGUAUAAUGCAAAAAAAAAAUUAGCAAGUUUAAGUCAACAAAUAAUGAAAUCGACAGUCAAAGGGAGCAUCGCCCUCUGGUUACAAUUUGUAACCAUGUUUUGCUAUAACCUAGAACAUCGUCAUAGAUAG